AUAGAAAAAAUCUUACAUUUCUUACUCUCCCCAAAUGUCUCUUCUGAUGUGAGGGCUUUCACUGAUUCAGAAAUGAACAGCAUCUUCUACAGUUACAUACAAAUCAUAUCAUCAUUUCUUAGGCAAUAUUUGCCUUCUUGAAGGCACAUGGAAUGAGAUCUAAACACACUUGUUUGAUCCAUUAAAAUGCUUGGAUAGAAUGUUAAAAGUCCUUUCACUCAGCUGCUGGAAAUGUCACACCAGGUACAAAAUAAAUUUUCAGUACAUUUCAAGUUCUAGGUAGCUUUAACCUAUUGCUUUGCAGAACUGCUUUGUAUUCUUACUUGCAGCAGGACCACUGUAUUGCACAGAAACUGCCAGAAUUUGAAAGGCAACAGGCCACUUGCAGCCAUCACAAUUUACUGUGGAUACCUACGUAUUUACUCAUACUUUUGUAUGCGCCUAGUUUUAAGGAAAUUUUCUUGAUGUAAAUGUGAUUUUAGGGGUUAGAGUUGCAAUAUCAUUUGCUUGUUCUGCUUUCCUUCUCCCCUAGUCAUCCACUUUUGUUUCUCCCUGUAUCCCUUACACUGACACGAAUCACUGUGACUGCUCUUAUGUUGCAUUCUAAUGUAUACUUGGCUUUGCAGAACAGCCUGGGUAGCAAUAACCCUUUUACUUGGGGCAGUGUUUCAGUCUUCUCUUUUGCAGGUGUCAGAUAUUCAUAUCAGCAAAUUUCGGGAUCCCAAACGAGCUCCUGACUUUGAGAAAUUUUGUUCAGAAACAAUUGAUGUAAUUCAGCCAGCACUUGUUCUAGCAACAGGUGAUCUGACAGAUGCUAAGACAAGAGAUAAACUGGGAUCUGAGCAGGUAGAAGAUGAGUGGAAAACUUAUCAGUCAAUCCUGAAGAGAUCAAGGGUCAUGGAAAAAACCAAGUGGAUAGACAUCAAAGGGAAUCAUGAUUCAUUCAACAUUCCACGCCUGGACAGUGUUCAGAAUUAUUACAGGAAAUACUCUGCCUGGCAUAAAGAUGGCUCUUUCCAUUACAUCCACACUACCUCUUUUGGGAACUAUUCAUUCAUCUGCGUGGAUGCCACACUCAGCCCAGGCCCUAAAAGACCCUAUAAUUUUUUUGGGAUUUUAAACAUGAAUCAAAUGGCAGAGCUGUCUUUGAUGGCAACAGAAAGUCUACACAGCAACCAUACUAUCUGGUUUGGCCACUACCCCACCUCCACAAUCAUCUCCCCAUCCCCUGGAAUACGAACACUAAUGAGUUCUGCCACAGCCUAUUUAUGUGGACAUCUCCAUACAAUGGGUGGGCUGAUGCCAGUCUUGCACAGUCAACACCGUGGUGGCACUCUGGAACUUGAAUUGGGAGACUGGAUGGAUAACAGGAGAUACAGGAUCCUUGCGUUUGAUCAUGACCUCCUCAGCUUCGCAGAUCUCAACUUUGAAGAGUGGCCUGUAGUUCUCAUCACCAAUCCCAAAUCCUUCCUUUACAGCAGUUCUACUCAUGAACCACUAGUCAAAAUUCUUUAUUCCACUCAUAUCAGAAUUCUGGCAUUCUCUCCUUCUGUCAUUAUCUCUGUCAAAGUCUACAUAGAUGGAGUUCACCUGGGGAAUGCACAUCAGGUGUCUGGCCCUCUCUAUGUGCUGAAAUGGAGCCCACAAAACUACAGUGAAGGGUUCCAUCACAUAGAUGUGACUGUCCAGGAUGCUUCAGGAAGAAUUGGCACACGGGGCCAUUUAUUUGGUAUGGAAGAAAACCUCUCUCUUAGAUUUGACUUUUGGUCAUCUGUUAUUCUUCUCACUGACCACUAUGUCCUAGCCCGAGUGCUCUUUGGACUGACUGUGCUGAUUCAGAUUACCUUACUUGUUGUUUUCCGACACCUCCAAAAGCCAGCACUCAAAGGAAAGCUGGGAUUACUUACUCUGACUUCAUAUUCUCUUCAUGUCUUCAGUAAAACAAACACCUUCUAUUACUCAAUUCUGGUCCUGAAUUUAUACACCAUUCUGGGACCAUGGUUUGUAGGUGAACUGAUAGAUGGCCAGAUGGGGGCCUGUUUUUCCUUUGGAGUGUUUGUUGGUGGUUCCUUCUUACAGGGCAGUAUGACAUUUGUGGUUGGGAUUUUACAGAUGAUGUUUUUCAACCUGCCAUUGAUGGCCUAUCUGUGCUGGUGCCUGCUGCUGCGCUGCCAUGGCCACAGCUUCCGUUCCCACCUCCGUCACGCGCGCCGCCUCGUGGCUGUGCCCGUUCACCUGGCAAUGGUCCUGCUCCUGGCCUGGCAGGUCUACUCCUGCUAUUUCCUGCAACGCACUUACGGCACCUUGGCCUUCUUCCUGUCCCCAAUGAGAACGUGGCUGGUGCUACUGACCGCGGCUCUCAUUUAUAAAACCUGGACACUGAAAUCAUCACAGCUCAGAACUUACAUAACAGAGAUAAAAAACUGUCAAAGCUCCUGAAGUACAAUAUAAGUACUCCAAAUUCUGUCUUAAAAACUCUCAAGGUACAACCUUAUCAUUUUGUGAUGCUGGAAUUCCAUACACCCCACCGUUAAGUGGUAAGACCCAAAGCUGCACCUGCACUGCUACAGAACUGUAUUAAAUAGUUAAUGUACAAUAUGUUAUACACACUUUCCUUCUAUUAUACAACAUACUGUAUAAUACAUGUUACAUAAUACAGUUAUGGAUUAUACAUCAGUACAGUCAACUUUGGAAUAAUCUCAUCAAUGGGGUUUUUUUAGUGAUACAAAGAUAGAUACGUCCAUAUGGAUCACAAAUGGAAAUGUUUGCCUAUUACUACUGUGAAUAGAAAAAUAAUUAAUUAUUGAUUUUUAUAAUGCUGCAAAAUAUGAGCAUAGGACCUGAUGAGCUUCUAGAUUUGUGAUUCUUUGAUUUUUAUUUCAGAGUUGACAUGUGUUUUUACAAGACUAGACCAGAUGUCUUUAUGAAGUAAUAGUGAUUGCAAAGGUGCUGUAGUGGUCUUCACAGCCAGAGUCCUAUGCCCAAAGAUGUUUUCAGUUCAUAAUGCUGUAUACAAGCAGAUCAUAGGUGUGUGUAUGUAUUUGUGUUCAUGUUUACCUGAGCUGUGGCCUAUAGCUCUUGCCCUGGGAGUGCUGGCUAACUAACAGGCUGACUCUCUGGAAGGAAGGAGUUUCAUUUUGCACUACUAAGGCUGCCAGUCCUCCCACCCAUGACUGGUGAAAGGACAGUGAAUUAUCAGUGGUGCUGGGGUUUUCAGCUUCAAAGCAAAGAAUAGAAACAAUAGCCUCAGGAUGGGAGAGACUGUAGGAAUACUAUGGUCUGAUGCCUAUAAAGUCUGUAAUUUCUGUUUUUCUGGG